AUGCUUUUGAAUGGCUAUGGAGAUGCCUUUCAUUAUUGCAAUAUUUCUCUAUAUAAAAUUAUAGAAUGCCAGCAAUCAGGAAUAUCAGAUUUUAAGACAAAAAUGCUUAUUUAUCUAGUAUUAGGAAUUGCUGUCCUUGGUGCAUGUGUUCUUAUUAUGGCCCCAUUUUGCUAUUCAACUCUGAAAAUUGAAAAUAAUCUUUGAAAUAGCAUAAGAAAAUCUGCUUAUACGCAUUAUUCUGAGCUUGUACAAACAAUUACAGAAAGGCUUACAAUCAUUCAUCAUCAAACUGAAAUUCCACUCAAUGGCAAGAAGCUUUCUAAAAAUGCAUUUAACUUCAAAAAUUAUCGAAAAUACGCAUGGAGAAUUUUUAUUUAUUUUAUAAUUGUGUUUGCGUUUUCCAUCAUUAACAUGAGCUAUUUUUAUAAAAAAUGCGCAGAAUACUUGUCUUAUAGGCCUGAGGUCAUAAGAGAGUUGAUAAAUAUGCAAACAUUAUAUACAAGCUUAGCGAUAUGAACAUCAGAAGCGGCAGGGGAAUACACAGGAACUGCUGCUAAGUACAUUUUAUAUUAUGCCUAUCCUUUUGUUGAUAGCAAAGCUGCAAUGCAAAUCGCAAUUGACAAAAUUAAUUAUUCAGAAAUAGUUUUAAGAGAUACAAAAAAUUCCCCUAUUUUAUCAAAACAAUUUAAUCAAUUAUAUUAUGAAAAUGUAAAUAAUUAUCCUUAUGCUGAUUUUGGUUAUGGAGUGUAUUCAGCAGGGGAAAUCACAAUGUAUGAAGCUACAGCUAUUUUUUAUGAGCUUAGUGAUUAUGCUGCAUGAACAAAAUUUAUAUUCGUGGCAACCAGUAUUGAUCAUUAUUACAGCCAAAUGAUUGACGAAGUUAACAGUUAUUCAAAAAGUAUUAUUGAUAGCCAAAUUCAUUUAAUAAUGGCAAUUCUUAUCGUUUUUAUUGUGAUUUCAUUGACAAUGUAUUUUGGUAUGUAUCUAAGAUUUUUCAGGAAGGAAAAACAAUAUUUGACAAAAAUCAAUUCAGUUAUGAAAAUAAUGCCAUAA